AUGGCGCACAUCCGUCAAGAUCCCACCGACCUGCUCCACGCGCUGCCGCGCAUCCUCGCCAUGCGUAGGUUUCGCGCCCUCCUCGUCGUUGCCCUCCUCACGCUCCUCGCCCUGCUGUGCUUCCGCCCCGAGCGCUGGCACGGCUCCGCUCUCGCCCGGCCCAACGCCCUGGCCGGAUGGAUGCGCAAGAGUCUCGGCCCCUGGCGGCUGGCCGGCCGUCCAGUCCACCCCAUCGACGAGCUCCUUCUCGCCGGCCGUCGGCGCUCCCAGGAGCUGCUCGCGCGCCGGUCGACGACCCUCGACGAGGCCGCGUCCCGCUAUCGCAAGCGCCGCGGUCGGCACCCGCCCCCGGGCUUCGACGCCUGGUUCGCCCAGGCCCAGGCCGACGGCGCCGUCGUCGUCGAGGACUUCUUCGACCGCAUCCACCACGACCUCAACCCCUUCUGGGCCGUCGACGCCAAGCGUCUGCGCCUGCAGGCGAAUCGCCAGAAGCAGGUGAUUCGCGUCCGCAACGGAUCCGUCGACUUCGUCACCGACGACCCCAACCGCGAGCCGUGGAUCCAGCUCUGGACCGAGCUCGUGCGCGAGAUGACGCCGCACCUGCCCGACCUCGACAUGGCCAUCAACUUCAUGGACGAGACCCGCAUCCUCGUCCCGUGGGAGGCCAUGAGCAAGUACGUCGAGGCCGAGCGGCGGCGGCGGACCUUGGUGGACCCCAAGACGGCCACGUCGACCCACGCCGGCCUCGCCGACGUCGACGGCACCGCCGAGCCGGCGCCCGAGCCCACCUGGAUCACGGCCGAGGCGAACAAGUACUGGGACCACCUGCGGGCCGCCUGCCCUCCCGACAGCCCCGGCCGCGAGCUGCCGGCGCUGCCAUCCUUCAACGUCACCGUCGACUAUCCCUCGCGGCCCAUGCCCUACGCCCACGAGGGCUUCGUCCGAAACUUCACCGAGGCCCAGGACCCCUGCCUGCAGCCGCACCUGCGCGGCAUGCACGGCACCUUUGUCGAGAGCGUCAGCAUGUCGACGACGCACGACCUGAUGCCCCUCUUCGGCGGCUCCAAGCUGCCGCAGAACAACGAGAUCCUCAUCCCGGGCGCCAUGUACCUCUCCGACCGCGCCUUCUACAGCGGCGGCGAGACUCGCGGGCCCGCCUGGUCCCUCAAGCGGGAGGGCCUCGUCUGGCGCGGCACCGCCUCGGGCGGCCGGAACAAGGUCGACAACUGGUGGCACUUUCACCGCCAUCGCUGGGUCCAGAUGAUGAACGGCACCACCGUCGCCGCCGUCGAGGCCGGCGACGUCGCCCGCGGCCCGACCUUCCGCCUACCCCCGCGCCGCCGGUAUUCGGCGCGCGCCCAGCUCGAGUCGAGGCUCGGCCCCUGGCUCGAGUCGGUCGCCGACGUCGGCUUCGUCAACCUCGAGUGCCACCCCUACGCCGAGGUCGAGGUCGGCACCGGCGCCGACAAGCACAUGGAGAUGGACAAGACGUGCCGCUACACGACGCCCUUCAUGGCCGUCCAGCCGAGCCUGCCGAUGGAGCGCCAGUACGAGUACAAGUUCCUGCCCGACGUCGACGGCAACUCCUUCAGCGCCCGCUGGCGGGCCUUUCUGCACUCGACGAGCAUGCCCCUCAAGGCCACGAUCUACGCCGAGUGGCACGACGACCGCAUCGUCCCCUGGGCCCACUUCGUGCCCUUUGACAACUCGUACGGCGACGUCUACGCCGUCGUCGACUACUUCCUCGACGGCCGCGACGAGGAGGCCCAGCGGAUCGCCGAGGAGGGCAAGAAGUGGGUCGAGAUGGUCUAUCGAAGGGAAGACAUGAAGCUGUACGUCUGGCGGCUGCUGCUCGAGUACGCUCGCGUCGUCGACGACAAGAGGGACCGGCUCGCCUUUGUCGGUGAUUUGCUGUGA